CUGCAUGGCCAAGGCAGCUGGCUGGUGGCCCUUUCUCAGGUGCUUCUUGCAGGCUGACACCACGCAGUGGCCUCUGCUGGUCCUCCUCAGCAGUGAAGGUGGUUUCUGCCAGGAGAGGUUGGAAAAGAACCUGAGGAACAGCCAUCUUUCCUCCCCUUCAGCUGAACUCAUGCUGCCUGCUGCCCUUCACGCAGAGCAAGUCACAGCCCUCAGCAUGCGGCGGAGUGAGAGAGCUGGGCCCUCGGAGGGUCCCUCCCACCUCUCUCCCUUGUGCUCAGUGGCAGGGAGGACAGUGCUGGGAGCUACAGGUGGUGUCUCCCUCAGCUCUGAUCCUCGGAGCCAGCAGGUGAAACCACAAAAAGAAGGAAGGUGCUACCCUGUCCCUUUGCUCUGUGAUAGACCUCUAUUACUGCAGAUGUGCCAGGGCAGUUGGGAUCUGGCUGCAGAAGGGCAUCAUUUGUUCAGCCCCUGGUGGCUGUGGAAAAGACAGCACAUUGUCCCAGCUGAUCCAGGCAAGCAAGCCUGGCAAGGGGAGUACCCAUCCCUCAGGUUUUUCCUGAGAGGCAGCUUUCGUAGGAAAGAUACCAUGGACUUCAGGACACAGGAAGGAAGCAGGACUGUCUUUGUGGCAGUGAGAGGAGAUCACCAGCACAAAAUUACUUCUGUGCUGGCAGAAGAUGAGGCUUCUCCCAACUUGAUCUCCCUGGAGCAACACAUAGAUCCCAUUUCAGUGAAAGCAGAGUGUGCCUCCCCAUCCAAACUUGCCGCAGGGCCUGUCUUCAUCAAAGCCCCCACUCUCCAACCCCAGACCAUCCUUCCCACAGGAACUCCUGGAUAUACUGUAUGUGAAAGAGCUGAGUUUAUAUAUGGACCAGCUGCCAGCAAGAAAGCAUGCUGAAGGAAGCCCUAGACACUGGAGGCAUGUUGGCUGGGAAAGCCAAGCUGUGCACCUGCUGGCAGUGAUUGUGAAGG